UGUCCUUCAUAUGUUCUACAGACAAAAAAAAAAAUAUAUCAAAGGUUGUGGCGCCGUUGCAAACACGAACAAUAACAACAACAGCAGAAGAAGAAGAUCGGUGGAGUCCUUCACAUUCAAAAGCCAACCCCUCAAUAUGGGGCAAAAUAAGAGAAGAAGAGCUAGUACAAGGACAAGAGGAGAGAGAGCUGAGGCAGCGCCAGCAGCAUCACCGGAAAGACCAACCAUGCCACAGCAGAGACCAGCAAGUGCCCGACGGAGAGGGAGAGGCAGACCAUCAGCUAGAGCCGGUCAGACAGCCAAUGUGAGGAUGGUCUCGGAAGCCCAGGAAUCACCGGUGACAAGAGGUCGAGGAAGGCCACCAGGGAGGAGGAGGGGAACACCGAAGGGGGGCAGUCAUGAGAGGCCGCGUCAGGGAAGGAUGAGGAGGAGGGCGCCAGUGGUCAACCUCGACGGGGUGAGUUCGAGUGAGAGCGAGGUAGAACAGAAACGGAAGAGGACGCAGAAGAAGACGAAGAAGCAGGAGGUGGAGAACAAGGAACAGCUCCACAUUACUCUAAGUCCUGAUAAAAUGUGCCGAGGAAUCAUGUCGGACUCAAGUGACUCCGAGGAGGACCAGAAGUCAUCCCCUGCUGCCACCCCGCCUCGCACUCCAGUAGUUUGUCGGCCUCUCCCUGCGCUAGACGAAGGCGACUCGCCCUCAACUGGCUCGGAUGAUGACAUAUUUGACGUGGAUUAUUCAGCCUGCAACUUACAUGCCCUCCAGUCGGCCUUCAAGGAGAUCAAGUCCACCGAGACGCCCAAGACUCCGCCGCCCCUGAGCCACCUCACACGCAAGACGACCACCAGAGCCAAGCCAGUCGCCGCUUCGGACAAUGAUGACAUACUUGUUGUGCAGGAGUACCCAGCCCACUCUAAUGAAAGAGAAAGCAUUGAUGACGUCAGUCGAAACGCUCGCCCAUCCUCGCCUGUGCUGUUCGCCAUAGACAGUCCGGUCCAGAGUCCUCAGAAGAGGGCCAACACAAGUACUGAACCUCAAUCCAAGUCGGGGAUCUCAAGGAGGGAGUUACCAAUGAGUUUAAGCGAGAGUCUGAACAUUAGCAGCGACAUCAUUCUGUCCGAGGGCGAGGAGGAGGAGGAGGUCAACCCAGAGAUUCGUGUCCGCAUCAAGUGGGGCAACGACUACUUCAGGGAACCCAUCAAGAAAUGGCAGAAGUUCGUGCACCUCUACGGAGUCCUUGGCAAGAAGUACGGCGUGAGUCCAGAGCGUGUAGUACUCAGCCUCCAGGACAAAAUCAUCAACCCAGCCCACUGCCCCGGGGACCUCAAGGUGACCAUCGGGGACUGCAUAGAGGGAGGAGUACAGAGCAGCGACUUCCAAAGCGACAAAACAAAAGGAGCAAAUGGAACCAAAGUCAUAGAAGUCAGCAAGGACCCGAACUCCAUACUCCUCCGCGUCCAGAGCUCCGACAAGAAGGCCUCCGUCACCAUCUCCCUCGGGCUGAUGGAGCAUAUGAGCAUACUGAUGCACAAGUACGCUGAGGAGAAACAGAUCAGUCUUGACCAUCUUCAGUUCAUGUUUGAUGGUGAGGUGUUGAGUCCACGCAGCACCCCGAACAGUCUCGAGAUGGAGGGCGGAGAAUGCAUUGAUGUGUAUAGGAUUAGUUAGUGCAUGUUUGAGGUUAUGUGUGUGUGUGUGUGAGGGGUUACAUGGGGCAGGCUUAGUUGUGGGGGGAUGGUCUCUUGUGCAGUAUUAGGGUGUGUCUUCUAUUCCACUUCUUUAAUCAAUAUUGUUUGCAUGGAAGAUAAAAUAACAGCUUAAAAGUGAUCUCAGUUUUAACCCGGUAACAGCAGGGAUCAUGUUUCUUAAUGGUCCCUCUAAGCGAGAAGAAUGACAAAAAAUCAUCACUCACAUAAACCAUUUCAUAAUAUAUAUCAAUGCAUUUGUGAUCAGUUUAUGCAUCAUCUAUUUUGUGGGGUUUAUAUCAUGGCACAAAUUUGGCCCAUCGCUGCUACACAGUAAAGCGACAAAUUUGGCCCAUCGCUGCUACCGGGGUAAGAUUGGAUGACAGAAAGAGUGUGAUUAUCCAUGUUAUUUUUUUCUUACACCCGAGAUGUUUGUUUGACAAUUGAGAUGUUAGAAGGAUAAUAAUUCCCCGUUUGUUCCGAUACUAAAAAAUUCAUGUUAGUAUUACCGUUUACUAUUAUUAUUACUUUUACUGAGAUGCACUCAUGUAUUUUUCUAACUAUAUAUGGACUUCUACUGUAUAUCUAAGCUUAAGAUUGGUUAAACAUGUAUAAUCUAGCACCACACGAGACCCACAUUGUUCGGUGAUAGGCAUUUCAUUGUUUUGACAUUUGUAAAUACACACAUGUACCAUU